AUGGGUGGCGCUAGCAGAGAAGGUGGCAAGGUCAAGCCCCUCAAGGCCGCAAAGAAGGAGAAGAAGGAGCUUGAUGAGGAUGAGCUCGCUUUCCGUGAGAAGCAAAAGGCUGAUGCCAAGGCCAAGAAGGAGAUGGCCGACUCCGCCAAGGGCAAGAAGGGACCUCUGAACACCGGCCAGCAGGGUAUCAAGAAGUCGGGCAAGAAAUAA